AUGGACGGCCUCCUCCUCGACACCGAGGACCUCUACACGGCCUGCAUCAACAUCAUCCUCGAGCAGCAGGGCCGCCCCCUCCUCCCCUGGUCCAUCAAGGCCAAGCUCCAGGGCCGCCCCGGCCCCGACGCCACCCGCCUCUUCCACGAGUGGGCUCAGCUCUCCAUCUCCGAGCAGGAGUACCACCAGCAGCUCUCCGCCCUCCAGCGCCAGAUCUUCCCCACCACCAAGCCCCUCCCCGGCGUCCCGGCCCUGCUCGCCAACCUCGGCCGCACCCGCUACUGGGACCUCAAGCCCGCCUCCGCCUCCAACGGCAACGGCGCCGCCGACAAGCAGGAGAACCCCCACCGCGUCCACAUCGCCCUCGCCACCUCCUCCCACCUCGCCAACUUCAAGCUCAAGUCCGACCACCUCACCGAGCUCUUCUCCAUCUUCCCCUCCCACCGCCGCGUCCUCGGCGACGACAAGCGCAUCGCCCCCGGCCGCGGCAAGCCCAACCCGGACAUCUUCCUCCUCGCCCUCAAGACCAUCAACGACUCCCUCCCCGCCGGCGAGAAGCCCAUCGCCCCCGAGGAGUGCCUCGUCUUCGAGGACUCCGUCCCCGGCGUCGAGGCCGGCCGCCGCGCCGGCAUGCGCGUCGUCUGGUGCCCCCACAAGAUGCUCCUCAACGAGUACAAGGGCCGCGAGAAGGACGUCCUCGCCGGCCGCACCGGCGAGGCCGGCCAGGUCGACAUGCACCAGGUCGGCGAGGUCGAUGACGGCUGGGCCGAGUACAUGGACACCCUCGAGGACUUCCCCUACGACAAGUUCGGCAUCACCGUCCCCCCCGUCGAGGUCGACGACGAGCCCUUCAUGAAGGAGAACGUCGGCGAGGUCCUCGUCGAGAAGGCCAACGGCUCUGCUUAA